AUGCUGAAGAAAACGAAAGUUUUCAGUAAUGGAGGUGGUCGAAGUGGUGCAUUUAUUGCCUUAGAUGCAAAUCUUGAACUGCUUAAAAAAACGGGUCAAAUUGAUGUUUUUGAGUAUGGUAAAACAUUGAUCAAUUCACGGCCACAUUUAAUCGACUCAGUGGAACAGUAUCAAUUUAUUUAUGAUGCCUUAGCUGAGGCUGUACUCUGUAAUUUGGAGCCUAUUGCAAUGUGGCAGUUAAAAGAACGAAGUAGUAUGUAUAAAUCAAAAAAAGAUCGCUUAGUUAUGGAAGCUCAAGAUGCACGAGAAAAUAAGCUUUUAUUGAUGUUAACGCCAACGCUAAGGAUAGGUGAUUGUGCUGGCGGACAUCGGUUAGAAAAUCGAGGAAAAAACAGAGAUGUUAUGGUUGUACCGCCUGAUCAUGCUCGUCCUUAUCUGCAAACAUUACAUGGCGAAAGUAAGGAUUAUACAUAUAUCAAUGCCGUUGAAGUUGAUGGAUUUUUGCGAAAAAGUGAAUUUAUUGUUACUGAAUGGCCAAAAGUAACAACGCUGCAUAGUUUUUGGACGUUGGUAUACGAUCAUGCCUGUCAUACAGUGAUAAAUCUAAGCAAUCAGGGAAAUCCAAGACAUUAUCCAACGCUAUUGCAUAACAAAGGAAUUCAGUCAUAUGGGCCAUUUAACAUCGAAAUUCUCUGUUAUCAAGAGUAUCCCUCGAUGACAUCGCAUAUGAUCAAAAUGUCAAAAAAGACGUAUAUGAUCUCUGAAAUAGUGGCAAAUGGUGCAAAUCAGCAGCAAUUAGAAGCUGAAAUUCGGAUAUGUUGUGUUAUACAGGUAAAAAUGUGGCCAAUUGAAAAUAAAGUGCCUUUGUCAACUUCCGGUUUGAUAGAUAUAAUUAAAAUGGCUAGAUCGUGGAAAAAACGUGCUCCAGAUAGACCAGAAACCAAACCAACUAUUGUGAUGUCACACAACGGUGUCAGUCGUUGUGGUAUUUUCGUUGCAGCUAACGUCUGUAUUGAUCAAAUGGAUAUUGAUCAUGAAGUAGAUGUCUUUCAUGCUGUGAAAAUGAUUAGGAUAAACAGGCCACAACUUAUUGAUAUGAAGGAUGAGUACAAAUAUUUGUAUGAUUUAAUGCUGCACUGGUAUAUGACCAAUUCAAAGUAUCGAGUAUUCGAUGAGCGAAAAGACGAGCAACCAAAUGAAUCACGGUCGGGCAACACAUCAAAAAAAAGUAGUUUUCGCGUCAACAGAGCGAUUCCAGAAGCCAAUCAUAUUUUGUAG